AUGGCUAAUGCCAGCCGCAGCACCAAACUUGCACUCUGGAUAUUUCUUUUGAUUACCAUCCAUGGUAAUGCACUGAGCCUUCCGUUUGUCGAAGUGAUACUGCAUAGAGGAACACUCAAAACACUACAGAUUGAAGAUGGAGACGCCAUUGACUGUGUUGAUAUCUACCAGCAGCCUGCUUUUGAUCAUCCACUGCUCAAAAAUCACACAAUACAGAUGAAACCCAGUUCAUAUCCCAGUGGAAUUAAAGCAGAUGACUCCCAAGCAAAGCUUUUUCAACCUUGGCAUGGUCAUGGAAAGUGCCCAGAGGGAACGAUUCCUAUUUUUCGUAGAACCCGAAAACAUGAUCAUCACCAUCACUCUGUGCCGCUAAAUCCAUCUGCAACCCCACGUAAUCACAGCUUUUUAGAAGGCGUUUCCUAUAGUGAGUAUGCUCAAGUAUCUGUAAGCGGACUCAAUUUCCAUGGACUGAAAGCGGGAAUAAAUGUGUGGAACCCUUACACGAAUGAUCAAGAAUACAGUCUAGCUCGAGUUUCUGUUAUAGCAAACACAGACAUUAUUGAGGCAGGAUGGAUGGUUAAUCGAAGAAGAUACAAAGACACUAAGACAAGGCUUUUCUUGCACUGGACACACCAAAGUCUGGGCCGAACCAGAGGUUGCUAUGAUCUCGAUUGCCCCGGUUUCGUGCAAACAUCUAGUGACUUCAUCAUUGGUAGUCCCAUAACACCAGUUUCAGAGUACGGCACCAACCAGUUCUACAUCACCAUUACUAUAUACAAGGACAUCCAGAGUGGAAAUUGGUGGGUAAAGCUUCAAGAUAAGGAUCUAGGAUAUUGGCCUUCCUCCAUCAUCACUAGUUCAGGUGCCACUCUCACCACACUAACUUGGGGUGGAGAGAUCCUCAAUUCAAAUUUAGGAGGGCAUCACACUGCAACUAAAAUGGGAAGUGGCAGAUUCCCUGGUGACAAGUUUGGAAAAUCCAGUUUUUUCAGAAAUCUUGCUCUCAUAGAUGAAUCCAACGCUCUCAGAAACCCGCCCGAUCUUGCACCCCUUAUCACUAGUCCUUCCUGCUAUGAUUUACAAGUCCAAAAAGAUACCAAGUCUAAGUUCGGAACCUAUUUCUUUUAUGGUGGUCCUGGCCGUUCAGAUAAAUGUCCAUGAAUAUGAUGGUAUUAAUUAGAAGAAAAAAAUGCUUUUAAAUUUUAUAGAACCUACUGAUAUUAGCAUAUCAAGUCUGUGGUAAAGAUUGGUCGCAAGAAAGGUCAUUGUAUAUGGAUGAUUAAGAUUGAUACAACAACUAAGAUUCUUAUAAAUGGUAGGAUUCCAUCA